AAAAAAACCAAAAAUUAAAUCGAACCAAAUACUAGAACUGCAAAAAGAACCAAAACCCACACUGAACUGUUAAAUUGAGCUGCACCGAAAAGAACCAAACUGUUAUAGUUCAUGAACCCAGUUCGCGAACUGCCCAUCACUGUUAGAUUUUUUCGGUGUGGUGCGGUUUGGUUUAGCUGUUCAGUGUGCCGCUCUGCCCGUGUUGUAUCACAAACACAAGUUGGAUCGGAGAAAUGAACUGAACUCAACUGCCCGUGAAUCUCGCCGGGAAACGAAGCCGGAGUUGAUCGUCGGCCGCCUGAAACAGUUAGGAACUCGUCCAGGAAAUUCAAAGGGCCAUGACUUUCACCUACACAGUCUCCUCAACUUAUCGGGUUGAAAACUGAGCUAACUCUUCUUUAAUUGUAUACUAAAAGCAGUCUUGUUGAGUUUCUGCAUUAAAUUCAACAUCCGUGAUCUUUUUUCUUCUUCUAUAAUUCCCAACUUCCAGCAUGGGAAAAAAGAAACUAAGCUUCAAUGAUCUCCAAAAUUCUAGUACACCUAAAAAAACUCUGGGUUGGUUUUUUCUUGUAGUUACCUGUAUAAAAGUUCUCCUUUUCCCAUCUUACCGCAGUACAGACUUUGAGGUGCACCGCAACUGGCUGGCUAUAACCCAUUCCCUCCCUCUUUCCCAGUGGUACUUUGAUGAGACCAGUCCAUGGACUCUAGAUUACCCACCAUUCUUUGCCUAUUUUGAGCGCUUUCUAUCAAUUUUUGCUUACCUCGUUGAUCCUCAAAUAGUGCAUCUUCAGGAGGGCCUGAAUUAUAGCUCAAAUAAGGUGGUUUUUUUUCAAAGAGCUACCAUAAUACUCUCUGAUUUGUCCCUUCUUUAUGGAGUUUAUAAACUUACUCAGAAACUGGAUUUGAGAAUGCAAAAGUUGAUAUGGUCAUUGGUUAUUUGGUCACCGAUGCUUUUAAUAGUGGACCAUGUGCAUUUCCAAUACAAUGGAUUUCUCAUUGGCAUUUUGCUGAUUUCACUUUCAUAUUUGGAGGAAGGAAGGGAUUUGUUAGGUGGCUUUGUUUUUGCUGUUCUUCUGUGCUUUAAACAUUUAUUUGCAGUGGCAGCGCCUGUUUAUUUUAUUUAUUUGUUGAGGCACUAUUGUUGGGGUGGAAUUGUACGAGGCUUUAGUCGACUCUUGAUUAUGGGAGGUUUGGUUGCAGCAGUGUUUGCAUCUGCAUUUGGGCCAUUUUUCCACCUUGGACAGAUACAACAAGUCAUCCAACGAUUGUUUCCAUUUGGCAGGGGGCUUUGCCAUGCAUACUGGGCCCCAAAUUUUUGGGUAUUCUAUAUCAUGUCAGACAAAGGACUUGCUUUCAUACUCAGGAAACUUGGGUUUAAUAUCCAGAUACCAGCAGCUUCAUUCACUGCUGGGCUAGUAGGGGAUGCCUCACCUUUUGCUGUACUACCUCGGAUCACUCCAUCUAUGACCUUUAUAAUGGUUCUGCUUGCCUUAUCUCCUUGUCUUUUCAAGGCUUGGAAGAAUCCACGGCCACAGAUGAUUACCAGAUGGAUAGCCUAUGCUUAUACCUGUGGUUUUCUUUUUGGGUGGCAUGUGCAUGAGAAGGCAUCGCUCCAUUUUGUAAUUCCACUUGCCUUUGUUGCAGCACAAACCCGGGAGGAUGCAAAACAUUACUUUUUGCUGUCAAUAGUGUCCUGCUAUUCACUUUUUCCGCUACUAUUUGAGGCACGAGAGUAUCCUAUCAAAGUUCUGUUGCUGCUUCUUCACUUCAUUUUGAUGAGGUCAGGCUUUUCAGCGCAAUUUUACAAUAGGGAUGAAACAAGAGCAACCUCUGGUCACACAAAGAAAACAGUUGAUCAAUUUGAAUCUGAAGGUAGUUUAAGUGUGGAUGUGAAGAAUAAUGGUUUUGUUAUUGGCUUGAUUGAGAGGAUUUAUCUGGCUGGUCUUGUAGUUGUAGAGAUAUGGGGCCAAUUUUUACACCCUCUGCUUUUUGGUGAUAAGCUUGCAUUUAUGCCCCUUAUGUUGAUCUCUGUAUACUGUGCUUUAGGGAUCAUGUACUCUUGGAUUUGGCAGUUAAGAUCCAUAGUUAAAUCUCAUUAACUUUUGGACUGUUUGCAGUCAUAUUAAUGUUCUAGUUAUGGACUUUUUAGAAGCGAAAUUUUAAGUAAUUUUCUUUUUAAA